CUUUUUUUUUGCGCAAUUCGGUCCCCCUUAUUUCUCCUGCGGCUACGCCAAUGACUUUUGGGCUUCUUUUAAUUCAUACACAAGAGCUUUACUCUGUAAGACAAAUUGAACACAUCGGAGUGAUUGGUUGCAUCAAAUUUCAAGGCCAAUGCCAAACGUCAAAAGCUGUACUUGUCAAAAACGUAACCAAAUAAAUAAUAAAAAAAAAAGGAAAUAAACAAUUAUUUAUUUUAUGUGGCGUAUAAUAUAUCGCUGGCUUGUUAAUUCUUUUCAAAAAUUUGUAUCCUAUAGUUUAUACUUAACAGGAUUUUCUAUUAGUAAGUACUUAAAGAUGACUGGAUUAACUAAAGACCAAGAAGCAUUUCUAGAGGAAUGUAAUUUAGAGUUUUUCGAGCGUUUUACAGAUUCAGAUUUAGAGUUUAAGAGAGUUUUUGAUUCUGAAAUACCUCCACCCCCAAUUGUAACACCAUGGUACGGAAAACAGAGGUUUAACAACAGAGAUCGAGACAGACCAGGAGGUAGCUAUAACAAUUUCAGGAAUUAUGGAAGAGAAGACAGGGAAGAACAGAGCAGUAACUAUUAUGGAGAUAGGGAUAGGGGGUAUCAUAAUAAGGAAAGGCAUUUUAGACCUUACUGAUGCUUUUUUAGUAAUGUGAAAGAUUAUUGUAUUGUAUGUUGAUCAAUUUUAUAAAAAUAAUUUC